AUGGCAAUGGUAUCUGAAGCUAAGAUGAACGGAGCGCCCGGGGCUCCGGCGGAGGUUUUGCCGGCGUUGGCGGAGCACCCCGCGGGCCUACCGCCGGGAGAGUACUCUCUAGUCGGCUGGGAUAUGGAUACGACAGGCAGGAGGCUCAUUGAUGAAAUAUGCCAGAUUGCAGCGUAUACACCGAAACAGACUUACUCUCAGUACAUAAUGCCAUAUGGGGAUUUGAACCCUGGAGCUCGGAGAAGGCACAAUGUUCGUGUUGUGACCGUCGGCAGAUAUAGAAUGUUGAAGGAUACUAUUACUCAUAAGAUAUUAAAAACUAAAUCUGAAAUAUCAGCGCUCACAGACUUUUUGGAUUGGUUGGAAAAGGAGAAGGGUGACGGCAGUGUUAUAUUGAUCUACCACGAGCCAAGGCGCUUGAGUCCUACCAUGCUCUUGGAAGCUCUGACUCGUUACAAGUUAUUGGAUCGUUUCAAGUCUAUAGUUGCCGGUUUUGCUGACAGUUAUGCCUUAGCCGCUGAUAAAUGCAAGACUACAGUGAAAUCCGUUUCACUGAGAAUGUUGGCACGAGUUCUGCUCGAUGCUGAUUCUUUGUCAGUAGAUAGUGCUCUUGAUAGAGCGACUGCUGCUUAUAGAAUUGUUGAACACUUAGCUCAAGGUAAUUAUGAGUGUGAACAACAAGAGGUUGGGGCUGGCGGGGAAGGUACUAGCAAAGAUAUGGUUGAGACAGCUCGGCUGUGGGCCAGGCCUGUACACACUGAGUUAGAAGCACUGGCUAACUUGAAGAAACUGUUGGAAAGACAGAACACAUUCCGCCCUGUGUUCGCGCCGCUACUGAGACUUGCCAACCCGGAGAGAAAGAGAGUGACUCAACUGAGACGACUGUUGGCGGACGGAGGGUUCUUAUAUGACACGCUGAAGGAGGCGUGGCAGGAACAACAGGUUGCUGGUCUAGAGAAGCAGUUGUCGUCAUUACAAGUUUCAGCAAACGAGAACGACAUUAAGGAGUUGAUUGAGAUAUUUGACUGUCACUUUGACCCCGCCAAAGAACCAAAGGCACCGAGACCCAGACCUACAAAUAAAGUCAGGAGCUCAUCGUCAGCGGGUGAGGCUGAAGGCAGUUCAAGUGAAUCACAGAAGACAUCGGCACAUAACUCACCUAAUAAGACUAAUAAUGAAGCUCCAGCAGAGCUAAGUCAGCAAUCGGAGGGGGAGAAUUGA